GUGGAGUACUUCAACAAUAGAAUCAUUUGUGAUCUAGUGGAGCAGUCGCAUAAAGGCAUCAUUGCCAUUCUGGAUGAGGCGUGUCUCAACGUGGGCAAAGUCACCGACCAAGUAAGUAGUUACGUCAUCGUUGCCAAGCGUGCUCAUGAUGAUGAACUGCUAAAGAUGAUGUGGCCGGAGGGUGCGCAGCACAUAGGAGAGGUAACCAAACGGCCCGCCACAGCUGCCACUAUCUUCAAGAACUCCAUGAUUGCCCUCGUAGAACACCUGGCGCAAAAGGCGCCGUACUACGUGCGCUGCGUCAAGCCGAACGAGGUGAAGUCGCCCGUGGUGUUCGACGACAAGCGCGUGCUCCACCAGGUCAACUACCUCGGCCUGCUGGAGAACGUGCGCGUGAGACGCGCCGGCUUCGCCUACCGCAUGCAGUACGGCCGCUUCAUAGCCAG